AUGCUCGGUUUCCUAACUUUAUUAGUGAGCUAUUUGUAUCUAGCAAUUGUAAAUGCUUCGGCCAAAGGCCUUGAGGAGGAGCAUGUUUUGGUUUUGUUUGAUCCGGAAAUAAUUGCAUUAAAUGAUUCAAGUGCUAAUUUAACACCGGAAGUGACACAUUUCAUGCAGCAUUUGAAUUCCAAAUACAAGACUUUUGUUGGCGAUUACAAUGAUGUAGAUAUACUGUUAUUUUCUCAAGAUUAUCCAAAGUUUGACCAUUUGGUCUUAUUUCCUACACUGAAAAAGAGCAUAAAAAACCUGGCCAAUUUAAACCAGCAUCAAUUACUCAAAUUUUUUAACGCAGGUGGUAAUAUUUUUGCAAUUGGCGGCUCAGAUGUGACCACUACUGAGGGGAUCAACUCUUUUUUGAAUGAAUUGGGUAUUUAUCCAUCGCCAAAGAGUUAUAGAUAUAUUGACCAUUUCAACACUGAGAAAGAUGGUGUCGUUGAACUAAAGCAAGAGGAAAAUUUAGUGCAAGAGAAUAGAAUUUUAAAACUGUUGAAAACUGUUGAGUAUAAAGGAAAUGCUGCGUUAAUUUCAAACAGCGAAUUAAUCCAGCCAAUUGUUAAAUCGUCAAAAACCGGCUAUACGAAUAAGGUUGGAGAGACGAUGAAUGGGAAAAACACCUGGACUUUUGGUGAGCAGGGAUAUUUGGCAGUUGGAUUCCAAGCAUUGAAUAACGCAAGAUUAGUAUGGAUAGGCUCAGAGAGUUUGUUAGCUGAUGAUGCCUUAUUCAAGUGGUGUUUUCAAGAAACAGGUGUAAUCAAAUUACAAUUUGUUCAGCAUAUGAAGGCCGACGAACCUGAAAAGAUCAAUCCUCAUCUAUACAAGAUUAAGGAUGAAGCCAUUUACACCAUUGGUGUCUCUGAACUCGUUGAUGGUAAAUGGGUUCCCUUUGAGGUUACAGAAGAAGAGGACCAGUUUCAAUUAUCAUUUAAGAUGUUAGAUCCUUACCAAAGGUUGAACUUGAAGCCAUUGGGUCCUGUCAGCACAUCUCUGGAAAAUAAAAGUGCAUUAGAUGCUUAUGCUUACCAUAUCAGUUUCACAGUUCCUGAUCACCACGGUAUGUUCACUUUUGAGUUGGACUAUAAGAGACAUGGUCUAAGCUACAUCUUGGAUAAAAAAGUGGUGACUGUGAGACAUUUGGCUAACGAUGAGUUUAAACGAUCAUGGGAUAUUUCUAAUUCAUGGUUAUACCUUGCAAGCACCGCACUUAAGAACACCUUGUUCAAGAACGACCGUGCUAGAGGUGACACCGAUUUGGAAGAAGGGCUAGAGUCCACAUCUACUUCGACGAUAUUGAAAUCUAAACGAAUACUACCAACAGUAGGACAAAAUACAACAACGAUAAAAUUCGAAGCGUCAGAUAAGAACUCGCCGUUUGCAGCACAGUUUAAUAAUAUAAAUCUCAAGUUCUGGGAUCUUGGAGGGCAAAGGUCUUUAAGAAAUAUGUGGAGCCGAUAUUUCAAACAAUGUCAUGGUAUAAUAUUUGUCAUUGACUCUACUGAUACUGCUAGGUUUCAAGAAUGUUACGAAACCUUGAUCGAUAUAGCUAAUCAUGAUAGUUGGCUUGUGGACAAUAGUGAGGGUCAAGAAAUUGAUCAAGAAAGAACAAUUGGUAUUGAUGGUACAGUAAAUGUUCCAAUUCUAAUGCUUGCUAAUAAACAAGAUUUACCGCAGGCCGUUGAUCUAGUUAGCUUAAAAACAGGUGUGUUUAUCAAAUUAGUAAGCGAGUUAGAAGCUACUGACUCUAAAUUGUUACCUGUUAGUGUAUUGGAAAAUCAAGGGUUGAAAGAAAGUUUGGAGUGGUUGGUAACGAGGUUGAUAUAUAAUAAGGGAAACAAGCGUCCUGAAUAUAAAUGA